GGGGGAGGAGGGGAGGAAAAGGAGGAGGAGGGGUGAGGCCGGUGUUCAGUCUGUUGGUGGAGCUACUGUGGAGGAAAGGAGACAAGAGAAGAGGAGAGGAAAGAACUGAGUGAGGAGAAGAAGAAGGUGAGGAGGAGGAGGAGGAACACAGAGGAGACUCAGAGGAGCUGGACGAGGAGAAGACGAGGAGCAGCGUUUUAGAGACGGUAAGAAAACCUGUAAAAGUUCUGAUGAGUGUGACGGUGGACGUAAACAGAGAAUUAAAGAGAUAAAGAUCCAUCAGACAUCCUGACAGGAACUCAAAGAUCCUCGUUUCCUCGGACUCAGAGUCCCAGAGCCUUUUCUUUUCUGCAGGUCCAGACUCUCCUGGACUCUUCUGGACUCUUCUGGACUCUUCUGGACUGGUUUGUGUGGAUCUUGUCUUCUUCUGUUCUUCACUGGGAUGCUCUUAUUCUCUGUCUACUUCAUCAGCGUGAACGUUUCCUCUUUUUUAAUGUUACAGUUGUAUAUUAGGGGAGACUGGGGACGGCUGCAGCGACUCUUCUCUCUCUCAUCAUCAUUAGACCGAGAUCACACUGAGUUCUUUUAAAGUCAGUGUUCAGGUCUGUCCUUCGUUUAAGGUGAAUUCAGACCGUUUUCUCCUGAGUGUGUGAGGCCGCCACACAGUGUUCUGAUUGGUUGAUCGGACGGGAACAGGUCCAAUGAACUGCUCAACAGUUUCAGAAUCAUCAGAAUAAGAAGACUUUAUUUUGAUGAUUUGAUGAUUUCUUCAGUUUUUCUCGUUCUCAGUUCCUCGUUCUCGGGGCGUUUCUCCCGUGUCUUCUUUUACGUCCUCUUCCAAACUUUGACCAGACUCAGCGCCUCACCCAGCCGCCAUGUUUCAUCAGAACUCAUUUUAAUAAACUCGGGGUAACUCAGGCCCGAACUACACGAAGGCGGAUAUUUAUUUAUCUGGAUAUUUUUGUACUCCCGUCUAAAUAAAUGUACCUGUCCACACGUGUUAGUUCAAAAAAAUAUCUGCGUCCACACCCUUCAAUGUGAGAGCGUAGGAGCUCGGCCAAGGAAACCACCGAUGGCUUUGACAUACGAAAGUUUAGCUUCCAUUCAUCUGCAGGCACAGCCCCUCUAAUGAAGUUGUCCCACCACUUGACCCAAAACUUACGCUUCUGGCGAACUUUAAAACGCCUAACGUUAACGUUACGAUUGCUCUCCAAUAAAAGUAUUGGCCGCAGCAGACGCGUCUGUGAGCUGCUGACUGGUGGAUGUAAUUGUAUAAAAUAAGGUUCACUGUCAAGACUGAAAUUAGCCCCAAAAGGGCAAAACAAACGUAAAGAAUACCCUGUCUGUCCGCCAUCGUUGUUGUUGUUUUCGUUUUUAAUGCGCAUGCGCGAGCUGCGGUUUGACGUCAUCCAUCCGUAAAAGUCCGACCACACGAAUCCACUGCGGAUACGGGAUACGGAUAUUUUUUUAUUUCUCCGCUUGUUUUUCCGGAUUCAGAUUUAUCCGGUUUGAGUGCUCCAAACUCCCGUUUUGGUGUGGUAGGGAGGCCUAAUCGAACAUAAAUAUGUGCGGUUUGAAAUAUAUCCGCCUUCGUGUAGUUCGGGCCUCAAUGAGGGUCCAGAAAGCUGGGCUCUUCAAUGCUGAGUCUUUGAAUGCUGGGUUCUUGGGUUCUGGAGCACUAGGGUUUGGAUUAGGGUUCUAGACUGCUUGGCUGUGAGCUACCAAAAACCUCUCCACAUGAGCGAGACUCUCAGCAGAGAAGAAGACAGAGAGGUGGACAUCAUCGGCAUAAGAAGACAUCAACGUCUCACACAUCGGGCGUUUCUUAACGUCCAAAACUGAUCAGAGGACUAAAAUAAUCUGAAACUGAGGUUUUAAUCUCCCAUCUCUUUUGUUUUGACAGACUGACAUCUUCAUCAUCAUCAUCAUCAGAGGGGGCGGAGUCAAAGAAAAUGGCGUCUACGUUGUGCUGUGGCUUGAUUCACCUUUGGAUUGUCAUCGUGGUGUUCAGAAGUACCUCAGCUGAUCCGCACUAUGAGCUCAGCGAACAUCCGGCGAACUUCAACCAGGCCGUGAAGAGAUGUUCCCCUGCUGUCCUCACUACCCUCGCCACCCAGCAGGAGGUCUCCAGGGUCCUCGCGCUCAUCUCUGGGACCAUGUUGGGUCAGAAACAGAACAACUUCACCUUCUGGAUCGGCCUGCAGAGGAAGAAACAAGAGUGCGUGGCCGACUCGCGGCCCCUGAAAGGAUUCAGGUGGAUCCAGGACGGCAGCGAGGAUUCCGAGGUGAGCCGAUGGGCCGAGAGUCCCGAAUACACCUGUACCUCCCUCCACUGUGCGGCUCUGAAGGGGGAGUUCAACGGGACGGCGGUGUCUGAGUGGGGUCUGAUCGCGGUCUCCUGUAGGACCAGUUAUCAGUUUAUCUGUAAAUCGUCUCUAAAGCGAGCCCCGGACAGAGGGACCGCUGCUGGACAAGGACAGGAAACAACCAUACCUGAACCAGAACUUUCUACAUCAGAACCACCUGAACCUACAACAACAGAACCUGAACCUGCUGCACCGACAACUCCAGAACCAGAACCUGAACCUGAACCUGCUGCAUCAACAACACAAAAGCCAGAACCUGAACCUGGACUUGACCACGGAACUGAACAUGAACAGCCUGCCCCACCUGACCCUUACCAUAACAACCCUGACACGAGACCAGAACCCCAGGUGCCUGACCCUGACCCAGUGACUGGGGCAGGUUCAUGUGAGCGCCCCACAACUGCUGAAUCCUCUGGUAUCCGGUCCUUUAUCCAGAACCCGGACAACAGCAGCAGGAUCCAGGUGGAGUGCUGGCCCUCGGUUCUGGUCGAGCUCCACUGCUCAGGCCGCCCCAGCAUGUGGCGCCUGCUGGAUGAUUCCCCCGCCAACUUCUCCGCCGUCUGCCUCCCAUGUGAGCCCGGUUUCCAGAAGGACUCUUUAGGGGACUGUGUGGACAUCGAUGAGUGCGGCAGCGGCGCCCCCUGCAGGCACAGCUGCCUGAACACAGAGGGUUCCUUCAGGUGCGUCUGCUCCGAUGAGAACGGGAAACACCAGGACGAGGACUCUGACACCUGCAGAGAAAUGGCGACGGAGGAGGGCGGCGGCCUCCUGUCAGGUAUCCUCUUCCCUGUGCUGGUUGCCGUGGCAGCGUUUUUAGUGCUGUUGUUGGUCAUCGCGGUAACGGUGAAAUGCUGCCUGGUAAGGCGGUCUAAAAAACGGGCGAUGAAGAAGGCGGAGAAGAUGGCGAUGAAGAGUAAAGAGGAAAACGAUUCUUUUCAGUCCACCAAUGAGAAGGCUGCAACAUGAGUGAGGAGCUCUGAUUGGUGGACGGCAGUGACAUCAUCGAUGCUGAUGUUCAUGGUUCACUGGGAAAAAUAUUUGGUCUCACUUAAAGGGAUAAUCCGUCGUAAAAUUAAUGUAGGGUCAAACCCACCGUAACCCCGAGUUAGACCCCGCCCCCCUCUUUACUUUAGUAACGACCGCAGUCAAAGUUAAAAAGAUGUUUGGUGUCUAGUCCUAUGUCUGUGACCCUCUAUGUCCUGUUGAUGAAGUUAGGUGCUGUUCUGAGCAUUAUUUGUGGCUAUAGAGUGGCGUUUUGGUUGAGGGCGUGUCUCUCUGUAUUUCUAUCCUGAGGUCGUUACUAAAGUUGGUAAAACUAGAGAAGGAAGCGGUCGACAACAUUCAUCUCUGGAGGGGGCGGGGUCUAACUCGGUGUUACGGUGUGUUUGACUCUAAAUUAAUUUUACUCCAGAAUGUCCCUUUAAAACCUUUUUUCAUUUGUAAACUGAAAAUAAAGUCAUUUCCUGUUUCAGUGAGAGGAGAGAGGAACCUGCCCGGCAACAGGCGAAGCUUCUUUUUAAUUGGCUCAUUUUCUCCUGAUUAAAGGGAAUGAUUGGUUUAUUAUUAUAACAGAUCAAACAUGAAUAAAUCUGCAUUCAGGUUUUUGAUGAUUAAUGAACCUUUAAAAUCUGAAUAAUGAUCCUCUCUGCUGUCAUUGGUCGGUUGGUGGUGAACUCCUCCUCUUCCGUUUCUUUACUGUGAUUCUGUUUUAUUAACUUGAACUCUUGAACUCGUCUGUUAUCCUGUCAAAGACGAGAAAACAAUGAGGACGUGUGUUUGACAUUUUUGGACUCAAUAGUCCAAAUAAGAGUUAUUGACUAUUUCUGACCUCAGUCUGAUCAUGUUAAAUCAGAGUACAUAUAUAUAUAAAAACACAUUUUUGAUACGUAAACAGUGUAAAUGUUAAAGUGUUUUUCUGUUUUCACCUUUAGACUCCUGAGAAAAACAGACGAUCAGCUGUUUGUGUUUCUGUUGAAGAGUCUAAAUAUGUGGACAAGUUCAACAGACUUUACUCCAUGAUGGUUAAAUUAAAGAUUUAGAAAAAUAAAGAUUUUUGAUGUUAAAAUGUCA